UCAUUAACCUCAAAAUUCGUUUUUGAAAUCGAUAGUAAAAAUGCAUCGACGAAUGUCGAGUCUAAAAUUUGCCCAGCCGUCGUGCGGGGCCCAACUAUCGAACCAGACGUAGAAGGGUCCUUACUGAACGAUAGUCCUGCAAACCUCUUGGCUGCUGGAAAAAUUCGCGAUCUGCCUUCGAUCGCCCUCGUCACUCGAGACGAGAGACUUCAUUCUACUGUUCCAUACUACAGAAAUCCAGACAUUCUCCCGCAUCUUUUGGAUGAUAUCGAUUCCGCCCUACCUGUAAUCGUACAGUACAAAUACUUGGUUGAAAAUGUGACAGCCUUCACAACGACCCUCAAGUCACACUGCGUGAAUGACCUGACUGUCAAUAGGAAUUUGGUGAUGCCAUAUUUACAUAUCCAACAUACAGUGAUGAAAAAACACUUAGUUGAAGCUGAGAAGUUAGAGUAUUUCGGUUCCUUCGAAUACCGCGGUAGGCUCAGUUUUAAUUAUGAUGGUGGUCUUCCAGCGAACUACGGAGUGACACAUGCUAACGAUCUGCUGUAUCUUCUUCCUGGACCAAAGAGUUGGUAUGGACCCGUAGAUUGGGAAUAUAACGAUGCUGAUUGGAAAAUGGUGGACACGAUGGUUCAGCUCUGGACAUCCUUCGCGGCUACUGGAGUACCGCUGACGUUAGAUUCGGAUUUCUCGACGAUUUGGUCUCCAUUUACGUCUCAUGAUAAUUAUCUUCGCAUUGGUAACGGAUCUGACGUGGCACUAGAAGUUCAGUAUGGUUUUCAUAAAGAACGAAUGCAGUUUUGGGAUGAACUGACCGCUGCUACGACAUGGAAAUAUCUACUGAAUAAUUCUUUUGACCAUGUCCUGGAACCCAUAGUCUGUAUAUAAGUUGUUAGUUGAUUAUGGCGUAAAAGAGAAUGACCCACUGCCACCUUUCCUCUUCCUGACCUCCCGGCGGUGACAUAGCUGCCUAAUGCCAUUUCCCCUCCUUCCUUGGCUCCGUCGUCCUUGGCGUUUGACGCACCUUCAGAUGCUGUCCCCUUACCUCACCCUAACUCAAUGAAGUUGUGACGUGACGUUUACUAGGUCUAACUUUGACUUUUAUUUCUUUAUCUCCUCUGAUAUAUAGGUAUUCAUCUCCGGGUAUUCACGUCCUGUUGUAAAUAACUGUUUUUAUUUUUGUUUUAGCCUAUAUUUUGCUUAAUGUGGGAGGUCAAAAACAUAUGUCAAUAAGGGGAGAUAAAUAAUAUAAAUAAGGGGACGGUGAAGAAUUUGAAUCUCUUUUUGACAUAAAAGAAAAAGAUGAAAUCAAUGGACAGGCUUGGAAAAAAAAAUGACUAGAACGAUAAUAAAUACGACUUUGACUAUUAAUUGAAUAAAUGAAAUAUAAAU